GAAUGCAACAAUAAGCAACACAGCAUAUAGUCUCCCGGAAAUUCACACAAAGAAGAAGAAGAAGCUGUUGCCGCAAUAUUUCUCACCAUGCCUCCCACGCGCGAAUGUUUCUCGCGACGAGCAUAGCAGAGGCAUGACAACAACAGUCAAGUCUUUGCAAACUUGCCUGUUACAAUGUAACUUGUGAUAUUAGAUUAUAAUGUAACAUGUAACGUGUUUUUCGGCCAACAGCAAAAGUGAAGCAUCGUUGUAGACAUUUUUGUCGAGACAAAUGUAGCUGAAAGUAAAAGUGGUUGGCGCGACGACACUUCAAAACCACAGCGGGGACAGAAAACAACCCGCAUAUGGAACGCAAACAAGGGGAAGUGAUCUCAGCAUGCGUUUAAUUUCCUGUUCUUAAAGAUUAGCACACAUUUUUCCCUUCCAAAAAUGUAUAUGGCAAUUUUAUAGUUUUCACUUAAAGGGCGUACUAGAUAGCCAUUUGCUACUCAGCUAGCAAGCUCAUUUUCUGUCAUGUUUUGGGAGUUGUAUCGACACUUCUGGGUGUCUCAAAUUUUCAACGAGCUCGACUAGUAAGCGGGGAGCAUGGACAGCUCUGUGACCCUGUGGCAGUUCUUGCUCCAGCUCCUAUUGGACCCCACCAAUGAUCAACUGAUCUGCUGGACUAAUGAGGAGGGCGAGUUCAAGCUGCUGCAGGCGGAGGAGGUGGCCAAGCUGUGGGGCGCCAGGAAGAACAAACCCAACAUGAACUACGACAAGCUUAGCAGAGCCCUGAGAUACUACUAUGACAAGAACAUCAUUAAGAAGGUGAACGGGCAGAAGUUUGUGUACCGCUUUGUCUCAUACCCAGACAUUCUGAAAGGGGAUGCCUCUGUUCGGCCCGAUGGGGAGGGGGGUGUAGGGGGUGGCCUGCCCCUCUCAGAGAGGGGGGACAACACAUCCAGAGAUGAUGAGGGUGGGGACAGGAGUGAAGGUGUGACAGCGACACGGGGGUCCAGUACUAAACCGUCCAACCGUAAUGACUACAUCCACUCUGGUCUGUACACCUCGUUCACCCUCACCUCGCUGCAAAAUGGACGGCAGCUGUUCAAGUCCAUCAAGAUGGAGAACCCCGGAGACAAGAUGGCCGACAGGAAGUCUAAUACCCGGGCCCAAGACCCACCCUCUCAGCCAAUGCCAUCGCCGUCAGUCAUCAAGUUUGGGACCACCCCUCCCAAGAGAAGCCCUCCACCACCUCAGGUUACUAUAGAAACAUCCAAUCCGCCAUUGUACCCUCUCCAAGUCCCGCCUCCCAUAGAUGAUGUAGUGAGGACACACUCCACCCUCCUGCCUCAGGCUGUGUAUGCGUUUGAGCAAGCCAAGACCUUGGAAUCCUCGAAUCUUCGAAUCCUGCAUAGUUUCAGCUUAUCAAAGAUGCCCUCUCGGAGUCCCUCCCCCAGCAUGGUGCCGGACUCCACCCAGGAGCUGGUGAUUGACAGUGACAUCGAGUCUAUCUCCUCCCAACCGACAGAGAUUCAGAUACAGGCGGUGCAGAGUUCUGGCCAUGUGUCAAGUGGUGAGGUAUGUGGAGGAAACGGGGACAAGGGAGGGAAUAGGGAGAUGAGUUUGUCUCCGGUGUGUGUGAGUGGCCAUAUCACAGGGGGCAAGGCCCGCAAGCCUCCUAAAGUCCUGGAGCUUUCCACUCCUACACUGGUGGUCACUGCCUCUGACCUUUCACCUAUGAACCUCUACAGCCCCUCACUACCCACCGCCUCUCUCACGCCAGCACUGCUACAGACGCCCACUCUGUUGCUGACCCCCAGUCCACUGCUGUCUAACAUCCACUUCUGGAGCACGCUCAGUCCGGUGGCUCCCCUCAGCCCUGCCACCCGCCGCCAGCAGGGAGCACACACCCUGUUCCAGUUCCCCUCAGUGCUCACCCCUCAUUUCCAUAUCCCCACACACAGUCUGGAUGGGACCAACACCCCCGGACCCCUCACUCCAGACUCCCAUAAGACAUAAGUGACCUUACCCUUGGAACCUGUGGAGCCCCCAGACGCAGAGGCCCUUCUUCUGCUCUACCCGCACACUCCCAAACAGACACAGGAGACAUGGGGGUUGAUGAUUUGGAUAAAUGAGGACCAUCCACUGCCAGGAGGGACUGAGACGGUUAGAGGUUUCCAACACGCACACAUCUUGAUUCCUUGAACACUUCCUGUUCUUUUAACUUGCCAUCUUCAGGUCUCCAUUGACACCUCUUCUAAAGAAGUAUUUUUAGGAAUUGCCAUGGUAACCGGUGCUGCAAAGAAUAGUGAUUUGAUGCUGACCAGUCAGAAAUGUGCAUCACUUUACCUGAACAGCCAAUUGUGUCUCCGCUCUGAGACCAAAGGGAUUACAGACCUUUUUCUUUCUAUUUGAACCUUCAUAGUUUCCUUCUAUUCUUUUUGUGGAACUUCACACUUUCACAACAAACGGUUUGAUGGUGUGUUGUCAAUUCCCAACUCAGUUUUUAGAUGUUUUUUAAUGGAUAAUUUCCUAGUUAUUAGUUAUGUUUUUAACGUGUUUUAACCAGCUAACCUUAAUGUUUCUCCUCACCGGCUCUCUUAGAUGGAAAAUGCUUGCCAACACCAACUCUACUUUUCCCUUAACUGUCAAUCCCCUCAUCUACAUGCCAGUAUAUACAGUUGAAGUCAGAAGUUUACAUACCUUAGCCAAAUACAUUUGAACUAAGUUUCACAAUUCCUGACAUUUAAUCGUAGCAAAAAUUCAGUCUUAGGUCAGUUAGGAUCACCACUUUAUUGUAAGAAUGUGAAAUGUCAGAAUAAGAGAUUUAUUUCUGCUUUUUGUUUCUUUCACCAUAUUCCCAGUGGGUCAGAAGUUUACAUACACUUAAUUAGUAUUUUGUAGCAUUGCCUUUAAAUUGUUUAACCUCGGUCAAAUGUUUUGUGUAGCCUUCCACAAGCUUUCCACAAUAAGUUGGGUGAAUGUUGGCCCAUUCCUCCUGACAAAGCUGGUGUAACUGAGUCAGGUUUGUAGGCCUCCACGCUUUUUCAGUUCUGCCCUCAAUUUUUCUGUGGGAUUGAGGUCAGGGUUUUGAUGGCCACUCAAAUACCUUGACUUUGUCCUUAAGCCAUUUUGCCACAACUUUGGAAGUAUGCUUGGGGUCUUUGUCCAUCUGUAAGACCCAUUUGCGACCAAGCUUUAACUUCCUGAGAUGUUGCUUCAAUUUAUCCACAUAAUUUUCGUACCUCAUGAUGCCAUCUAUUUUGUGAAGUGCACCAGCCCCUCCUGCAGUAAAGCAUCCCCACAACAUGAUGCUGCCACCCCCGUGCUUCACGGUUGGGAUGGUGUUCUCCAGCUUGCAAGCCUCUCCCUUUAGCCUCCAAACAUAACGAUGGUCAUUAUGGCCAAAAAGUUAUAUUUUUGUUUCAUCAGACCAGAGUACAUUCCUCCAAAAAGUAUGAUCUUUGUCCCCAUGUGCAGUUGCAAACCGUAGCCUGGCUUUUUUAUGCCGGUUUUGGAGCAGUGGCUUCUUCUUUGCUGAGCGGCCUUUCAGGUUAUGUCGAUAUAGGACUCGUUUUACUGUGGAUAUAGAUACCUUUGUACCUGUUUAUUCCAGCAUCUUCACAAGGUCCUUUGCUGCUGUUCUGAGAUUGAUUUGCACUUUUCGCACCAAAGUACAUUCAUCUCUAGGAGACGGAACGCGUCUCCAUCCUGAACGGUAUGACUGCUGCGUGGUCCCAUGGUGUUUAUACUUGUGUACUUUUGUUUGUACAGAUGAACGUGGUACCUUCAGGCAUUUGGAAAUUGCUCCCAAGGAUGAACCAGACUUGUGGAGGUCUACAAUUUGAGGUCUUUGCUGAUUUCUUUAGAUUUUCCCAAGAUGUUUUUCCCAAAGAGUCACUGAGUUUGAAGGUAGGCCUUGAAAUACAUCCAAUUGACUCAAAUUAUGUCAAUUAGCCUAUCAGAAGCAUCUAAAGCCAUGACAUCAUUUUCUGGAAUUUUCCAAGCUGUUUCGAGGCACAGUCAACUUAGUGUAUGUAAUCCUCUGACCCACUGGAAUUGUGAUAGAUUAUUUCACUUAUAAGUCACUGUCUCUAAACAAUUGCUGGAAAAAUGACUUAUCUUAACCGACUUGCCAAAACUAUAGUUUGUUAACAAGAAAUUUGUGGAGUGGUUGAAAAACGAGUUAAUGACUCCAACCUGUAUGUAAACUUCCAACUUCAACUGUAUGAAGCAGUGCGAGGCCUGCCAGUAUAUAUAAAGCAGUGCGAGGCCUGCCAGUAUAUAUAAAGCAGUGCGAGGCCUGCCAGUAUAUAUAAAGCAGUGCGAGGCCUGCCAGUAUAUAUAAAGCAGUGCGAGGCCUGCCAGUAUAUAUAAAGCAGUGCGAGGCCUGCCAGUAUAUACAAAGCAGUGUGAGGCCUGCCAGUAUAUAUAAAGCAGUGCGAGGCCUGCCAGUAUAUACAAAGCAGUGCGAGGCCUGCCAGUAUAUAUAAAGCGGUGCGAGGCCUGCCAGUAUAUACAAAGCGGUGCGAGGCCUGCCAGUAUAUACAAAGCGGUGCGAGGCCUGCCAGUAUAUAUAAAGCGGUGCGAGGCCUGCCAGUAUAUA